AUGGAGUUCAUCGCAGCGGGCGCAGCUUGGGCGCUGAACAGAACAUCACCGCAAAAGCUCCUUAGUCGUCUCGGUCUAGCGUCCCUGUUAACGCAGAGCACUUGGCCAGAGCUAUCUUCUAAGUUGUCUCCUCAAGCAUCGAUUGUGCUGCCGGAAGACCCUUCGUUUGGCAAUCUUAUCAGCAGAUGGCGUGACUGGCAUGCACCUGAAGUGGGAGCAGUUGUGACGGCAUUUACCGAGAGCGAUGUCCAAGAAACAAUUCGAUAUGCGAAUGAGCACAAUAUCCCAUUCCUCGCGCGAUCUGGUGGCCAUGGGGCAACUGAAGCACUUCAAUUAGCCAAGGAUGUUAUUAUCGUAGACAUUCGAGGCCAAGACGAUGUUCAGAUUGCGAAGGACGGAAAGUCUGCGACUAUCGGGGGAGGCGCAAAUGUGAAGAAGGUUGUUAAUCAUCUUUGGGAAGCUGGGAAACAAACAGUCACCGGUAUAUGUGAAUGCGUUGGCAUCUCAGCACCCGUACUUGGAGGAGGCCACGGAUGGCUGCAAGGUCAGUAUGGCCUAGCAUCAGACCAGGUAAUCUCUGCGCGCGUCGUCCCACCCAACGGCGAAGCUGUCACUGCCUCUGAGGAAAACAAUCCGGAUCUUUUCUGGGCUCUACGUGGCGCGGGCCAUAACUUUGGUAUUGUGACGGAAUGGGAGUACCGCAUCUACAACAUCAGGAACCCAGAGUGGUCUUAUGAGAUCUUCAUUUUCCUGGGCGAUAAACUUGAGGAGCUUCUUGAGUGGACGCAGAAAAUGAUGAAAAUACAGCCGCCUCACCUGAUUCACUGGCAAUACAUCGUUAAUAUCCCGGAAAUUGAUCCUCAAAACCCGGUCAUCUGGUAUGCAAUCAUCUCUGAUGGUCCUGUUGAUGAAGCAAGGGAAUACGCCAAACCACUCCACGACAUAGGCCCCCUCAAUGUCAAUGCCGGCGCAGUCCCAAUGCCAGAUCUAGCCAUCAUCACCAUCAUGGGCCAAGACACGCCCGCCUGUGCCAAAGGCCUCACCGGUCUGCGCUAUCCCAUCGGCCUCAAGACCUACAACGCACCGGCCGUCCGCAAAGUCUUCAACUCCAUCGCCGAGAUAACGCGCCGCGUCCCCGAACUAGCCGGAUCAUUCUUUCUGCUGGAGGGGUACCCCACGCACGGCGUCAAAGCAAUCGACGCCAAAAACUCUGCAUUCCCGCAUCGGGAUGAUGAGAUCCUGAUCACGUCGUACUUGUCUUAUAAGCCCAAUGCUACGCUGGAUGGCUUGGCGCAGGAGCAUGGGGAGAAUCUGAGGAGGCAUUUGCUAGAAGCUAGCGAUGACCCGGAGCAUUUACGGGCGUAUGUUAAUUAUGCACAUGGUGUUGAGUCGCUGGAGAGCAUGUAUGGACAUGAGCCUUGGAGGAUUGAGAAACUCAAGGCGUUGAAGAAGAAGUGGGAUCCCGAGAACCGCAUGCGAUUCUACGCGCCAAUUGUUUAA